AUGGCCAUUGAGCGUGGAGGUGCUGUUAUUCAUACAACCCACAACGAUGUAGGCCUUCCUCUCAGCCUAGGAAACUUUCAAGAAAUUGUGAAUCGUGGCCAUACGUUCGUUGACAAGACACUCCUAAUUGCUGAAUUUCUCAGAACACUUUUCAAAGAGUCUAAUAUUCUGAAGGAAGAACCAGAUCUGUUUACUGGACACUUUUGCAAGCUUCCGGUUUUAUACCAGUCUUUCAAGGUAGGACACUUGAUAUUCUUGGUUUACCUGUCACCCGAUUAUAUUUAUGUCACAGAAGUGCUCACCACACCAGAGAAAGAACAGUUUCAUGACAUAUUCUCUCAACAAGUAGCAAUCGACCCAGAAAGUGUCCUUUUCGAUCUCUCCAAAUACCUGAAGAUCACACAGCUUGGAAACAAAGCCAAUGCCUUCUUUGGCACUUUAUAUUCAUCCCUUCUUAAGUUGUCUACCCCAUGCAUUCAAGUGAGUAUGCUGACACGUUUGGGUUCACCAAGGAUGAAGCUACUGUCAUCCUUGAUCAUUUUCAACCAGAAAAAGCAACUGGAUGGUGUUGAAAAAUGGUAUGAUGGAACUUGGUCCACAUGGGUAAAUACUGCCUUUCAAAAUGCUCUAGGAGGCACUAACAUUAUACGAAAACUGUUUCGUAAUGCAUCCGAGGACUUCAAGAUGAGGGCUUUGAAGUUGCUUGAUGAUAAUGUAGUCCUCACUCCUCUCUGGGAUGAUAUUCAUUAUCAAGAACUAGAGUCUAGUGACGAUCAGAGUUUAUGGACAUAUCUGUACUUUGUAGGCUAUCUUACAGGGACUCACACACUAGAUCAGAUGUGCUUGACAAUUCCGAACAUUGAAGUUGGCUUGACGAAUAUAGCAAGGAGUUCCCGAAGUAUGUCAUGGAGACGUUCUCGUAUUUCGACUUAUCAACGUCGACAACCGAGAAAUACUACCAUAUUGGCCGACGCCAAAUCACUUAUUUUGGAAAUAAUGUCAAACAGGGAAUCGGGCAUUGGCCGUUAUGACAUCGGCAUCCGGCCAACACACAUGUCUCAUCACAAGACAGCAUUAAUUAUUGAGCACAAGGCAACUAGUGACCCUGACUGCAAUAUCUCUAGUAUUGAUGAUAUCAAUUGA